AUGGGCGCGGUGGGCGUGCGCUUCUCAUACAUCAUGGGAUCAGCUGAGCAGAAUGAAUUCCAGCACGUGGAAACCUUGCCCUUCUUGGAAUGGUCGCUGCACCGCUAUGGCCGCGCCUACGGCGAUCGCCGCGACAAGAAGAAGCGGCCAGGGGAUGGUCAAGGCUACAAUGCGCAGAAGGCGGAGUCCGACAUGGUCUACACCUUCGAGCAUCGUCCUAAGAUCGAGGUCGAGCAUGGUCUUAGGUAUCGACCCUCUGGGAAAGAGCUGCCGCCCCAGGAGAUCAAGCUACCACCGACCUUCCAAACGAUCAUGGGUUGCAACGACGGGCCUUUCAAGAACUUGGACCACAAUUCCAGUGUGGCAUUGGCCAGGCUCACGGCAGACAUUCAACCUUCCCUGCACUUUUGGGCGUCCAGUCCACCUCAGGGUGGAAAGCCAUGA